AUGACUUCAAAAACACAAGUUGAAGGCAGACAACAAAAGAGGAGAAAAAAACUAGCUACAUGGAGAUUGGAGACAAAAGAUUCCAAGCAUUACCAGUCCGUGGACCAUCGAAGCUCCAGGCUCAAAACAAUGAACUCAGAGAAACCUUACUCAAAUUACAAAAAAGUUGCCCGAUUAGUCAGUGUUGAAUGUUGGCAGUGCAUUGUUGAUUUGGAAACAAUGACAAAAGCUAAGGAGCAUGAACCCACAUCAUGA